AUGAGCGAGCCUAUGAGGGCCCUGCGCAUGAAGGGCAGCGUGAGGGGCCCCCCUGAUGACAAGCCCCCUAGGGGGGCCCCUGGGUCUUGGGGGGCCCCCAAGCAGGGGGCCCCCCCUGGGGGGGCCCCCAGGCAGGGGGCCCCCUCGGGGGGGGCCCCUGGCGAAGGGGCCCCCACCGGGGUUGCUGCUGAUGAGGAGGGGGCCCACUUUGGGGGGCCCCCGCCCCUCAACAAAGGGUCCCGUAAAGGAGGGGCCCCUGGGGGCCCCUCAACCCCCUCGGAUACCCCUGUUGUUGUUUCGGGGGGCCCCCGUGCAGCAAAACCUCUCGCCGGGGGGGGCCCCCAAGCAGGGGGGCCCCCCACCAGCCUGGACGAGCAGCACCGUAUCUUUGGUGAUAUGUUUGAGGAGGGCCCCGUACCCCUCGAUGAGUACGGGGCCCCCUCUUACAGGCCUGCUGUCAAGGGGCUGCAGCAGGAUGAGGAUCUCUAUCAACCUUCUCUGUGGCAGCAGCUGCUGCAGCAGGAGCAGCAGCGGCGCAUGCAGCGACAGGAGAAAGCAGCAAGACGCACAGUUCAGGCUAUAGGGUCCUCACCCCCUCUACAUAAAACCGAGACAGCAGCAGCAGCAGCAACAGCGGCAACAGCAGCAACAGCAGCAGACGCAGCAGCAGCAGCAACACAGCAGCAGCUAGACACGGGGCCCCUCCCCGAUUGGCGUGACCUCUCACACCUGCAGGCGGGGUGGGAGGUAUCGGCAAAGAUAAACAAAUACACCCCCCGGGAGGGGGGCCCCCAGGGGCCCCUACAGCAGGGGGGCCCCACAGGGGCCCUAGAUACGGGUGGGGACCCCGACGGGGCCCCCAUGCCGCCAGACCCUUUCUUACACGACCCAGACCUCGAUUCUGUACCCUCAGGGGGCCCCCAUGAGGGGCCCCCUGGGGGCCCCCUUGAAGGUUCCCCCGAGAGCCCCGCUGAGGGGCCCCAUGGGGGCCCCCCUGGUGAGCGGUCCCCUGGGGGGCCCCCUGGUGAAGGGCCCCCUGGGGGCCCCCCUGGUGAGGGGCCCCCUGGGGGGCCCCCUGGUGGGGGCCCUGGUGGUGUUGAGGUGAUUGAGACAGAAAGCCCCAUCGCGAGAGCAACGCAUGCAGCAGGGGGGCUGCAGCAGAGUGUAUGGGAGCGUCUGGCGCCGCAGCAUUUGCAUGCGCAGCAGCAGCUGCUGCGGGCCCGUACCCCCGAGGCUAUACUGCAGGUGAUAGCUGCUGCAGCAGAGGCUGUGGGGGGAAGCCCUGCUGCAGCAGCAGCAGCAGCAGCAGCAGCAGCAGCAGCAACAGCAGCACCUGCAGCAGCAGCAGCAGCAGCAGCAGCAACUCCUGCUGCUGCUGCUGCUGCUGCUCGCGCGAGGCUCUCUCAGCAGCAGCAGCAGUACCGCUGCUAG